CAUCACAGCGCGACCUCCUCUCACCGCGCCGGCUGAUGACGUCACCCGAGGUUGACAGACAGAGUGUCCUGGAGAAGAGUUGAGAUCCUGCCAUGGCACUCGCAGGUUUGGGAAGGUUCAGGCCGGUGCUACAGCAGCUGAGAUCCGCGGCGGCGGGAUGCUCAUUGAACGCGGCACUCCUGGUCCGCCAGCGGCAGCUUCCCGGGGCCUGUCUGAGUAGACAGCUGGCUGCCAAAAGCAGUAAAGGCAAAAGCCAAAAACACGCCCCGGCAAGAAUAAACAUCAACGCGGCUUCGGUUGAAGACAUUAUCGAUCUGAAAGAUGUGGAGCACGCCAUGAAAACCGUCCUUGACAACCUGAAAGAAGACUUUAACAAAAACCUGAAUAUCAGAACCUCUCCAAGUGCUUUUGAUCAUAUUGUGGUCACGACAAAAGAUGGAAAAAUCCCAUUAAAUCAACUGGGACAGAUCACCCUGAAGUCUCCACGGCUCUUCCUUAUCAACAUGUCAAGCUUUCCUGAGAGUGCCCCUGCAGUGGUGAAUGCUUUAACGAAGAGUCAAAUGAACCUUAACCCAGAGCUGGAUGGCGCUCUGAUCCGCGUACCUGUGCCACAGGUAACGCGGGAGCACAGAGAGAAUUUGGUAAAGCUAGCGAAACAGCUGACCAACAAAUCGAAGGAUUCUCUGCGGAAGAUCCGCACCGGGGCUGUACAGGAGAUAAAGAGGUCCAAGGAUACCGUAUCGGAGGACACCAUUCGACUGCUAGAGAAACAGAUCCAGCAGAUGACAGAAGACACGGUAGCAGAAAUGGAGAAGCAGUUGGCAUCAAAGACUAAGGAACUCUUGGAAUAAUGAGGACGGGUGCCUGUGAACUGGUCAGCGGCUGGCGGGAUACAGAGAAGAGACUGGCAGUGAUGCGGAUGUAGACCUCAUGGAAGAAUUCCCUUCACUGCAUUGUGGGAAAAGGUGACCUGAGCCAAUUUAUCAAGUAAAAUUCAUGAGCUCGAUCUUCCUGACACUGAGACUACAUUGUGCUGCGUGUCCAUUGGCUUUGAAUAUCUUUACAUGUUUUUAUGGGCCUCAUUUCCUGCCCCUUUAGUAACUCCACCCCAUCGUCACCUGACCCAGGCGGGGGGGGCAAGGUAACCAUAUCUCCACAAGAUGAAUAGAAAGGACGCCGCUCUCCCAACCAGCCCCGGGCAAGGUAGAAGAAGCGGCCUCAGACUUACAUUUCACCACAAGACCACAUUCCAACGCGUUUCAUCCUCCUAGUGGGCAGGGCAAAACCUGUCAGGGGGGUGUGGUCUGGCAGAGAAAUGUGGGCUGGCGCUGCUUCUAAAAGGGAUUGUAAAG